ACUGGCCUCCUUAAUACCCGUACUGCCGAGCUCAAAGGCGCGGAGUCCUUCCUCUCCACCGCUGACGCCGUUACUGGGGCUCAUGUCAUCGACUCAAUCCGGCGCCUCAACAACGAGUUCAUGCAAGAGUACACAUCCGCUGUAGAACGAGUACGAGAAAUCAUGGGCACAAAGCUAGUCGACUGCUUGGCGGAUAAGAACCACCAAAACGAACCGCUCCUGAUCCAGAUUGCGUUACAGUCGUAUUUCGCCGUGAUAUUCCAGUGGGUCAUAGCAUCGUGGACCGCAGACGACUCCAGGAUGGAUAGCUGCCUGAAGACGGUCUGGGAGCAUAUUAGGGCGCGUGAGGUACAAGCUGUCUCCGGAAAAUGGAGGGCGCUUACCAUAGCCAGCCUCAACACGGCCGACGGCGGUAGCAUCAUCAAAGGGGUGUUGCGUGACAUACGUUCCAUUCUUGUUGCGGCAAAGUGCACGACCCCUACUUCUGACAUUCGGGCUUCGCUCGAAGCCAAGUAUGCUAGCCAAAUCGGGAUCAUGGAGAAGAUGGCAACUGACGUCCGCAAAAAUAUCGGGGAAGACGUCACGUCUACCGACUUCGAGGUCUUCUUCACCCAUACCGGCUCCGACUUCGACCCGGAGAGCAUGGCGGAUGCGUACAACGACGAGUCUCCCACCCAGAGCGAGCAGAACCGGGGCCGCGUGCUGUGUCCCACCGACUUGGGUUUGCUCCAGCGCACGAACACCGCUCGCGGAAAGGAUGCGAAGUGGAGCGUCAAGCUGCUUUUGAAGCCGAAAGUGGCUUUGGAGUCUGUCAUUGAUGCUUUGGAAGGCUGA